AUGACUGAGAGGACGACGGUGCUGGAGAACGCCAACACCAACUGGCUGCCGGUCGAGCCUCGGUCGUUCUCCGACGAUUAUCGCAGCAAAAUGUUGGAGGGCUGCCGCCAACUGCCCGUCUACAACCAGCGGGCCGCUUUCUCGGAGGCUGCCGAGAAGGACAGGUACCUGUCAAAAUAUUCAUGUGUCAUCGUCGACGAGGUCCAUGAGAGGGGUAUCAACACCGACCUUCUCAUGGGCAUCCUUAAGAUGACCCUGAAGUCACGCAAGGACUUCAAGGUGAUCAUCAAGCCCGCAACCUUGACGGUGGCGAAGUUCGCUGCCCAUUUCCAAGGCGCAGGUGUUCUUUCUUUGGCGGGACGAGUUUUCCCCGUUUCUCUUUCUUACAUCAAGGAGGCAACUCCAGAUUUUCUUUCCUCCUGCCUCAUGGUGGCCAUAAACAUCCAUCAGAAUGAGGACAAGGAUACCGCCCAGAAAGGAGGGAUCCUCAUCUUCCUCCCCGGCGAAGAGGAUAUCCGCACAGUUUGCAGUGUCCUGGCUCAAGACUGUCCCUACAUGGACGUCUUUCCUUUGUACUCUGGGCUUUCCGCCGCCCAACAGAGAAGGACCCUCGAGCCCAGCACGUCUCGGAAAUCAAGGCUGGCAGGCAUGGCUUCGGACAUCGCGUGGUCCCAUCUCGCCCACCCGCUAUCCGACCGUAUCACGCAGCUGAACGCGCUGCACGCGUUCAUGCGGACCAAGGCAGAGGAAGCAAUUGACCUCGAGAGAUGGUGCUUCGAUCACUUUAUCUCCGAGCCCGCGAUGGAUGAGGUCUGCCAGUUACGCGACCAGAUCAAGAACGUCUGGACUCGAGAAUUGAAGCAGAGCUAUCUCAGUCUGUCUCUGGCGAAGCGCAUGAGCAGAGCACUUCUUCACUCGCACCGCGGCCCAACACAUUUACAAACGCACCCCCAGAAAACAGACAAAAUGGCCUUUGACGACGACAUUGACGACUACGAGGACAAUGUCCCCAUGCCCCAGGGGCUUCCUGUGGAAAGCCUCGCCAGCAACUCGGCGCCGCGGCACGCCCUGCAGUUGGUCGAGGCGUGCUUCGAGGACGGUCAGUGCAAGACUGGCCGGUACCACAGCCUCCCCUCCCCGAAGGACCUCGACGCUGGGGUCGACAACGUGUGCGCCGUCACCGGCACCCUCGGGAACGACAUGGGCGCCGUGUCCCGCGAGAGGGCGGCCUGA